CCAUAUUUUAACACCAACUUUAGAAAAAGAUGACUAGGAAAGACCGAGAGGACCACCCAUUCACACUUGUAGGGAGUAGUAUAAAAGCAUCCAAACCUUAGAGAGUUUUCCUAUUUAAACUCACAUCCCAAUUCUCUUUGUCUAAUUUAAAUCAAACUCCCAUCAAUAAUAUAAAGUCGUUUUUUAAGACCCACAGAAAUAUAGAAUGAGACCCUCUCCUCUGUUUUCCUUCAUUUCCUCCCUCUCAAUUUUCACACUACUACUCCUUCACGCGCCACCCCCUUCUACGGCGGCGCUCGCCAACCCCACCACCACCACCGCCUCCGCCGCCGCCCCAUACACGGACUUCAUUCUCAAGAGCUGCCAAAACACUCUCUAUCCGGACACGUGCUACGCCUCCCUCUCCAGGUACGCCAGCGCCGUGCGCGGUGACGUUGCCAGGCUGGCGCGCGUGGCCAUCGGCGUCAGCCUCGACCACGCCAAGAGCAUGACCACCUACGUCGGCAACAACAACCUCUCCCCGCUGGCCGACGGCGGCGGAGAGCACCGCGCGGUGGCGGCGAUCCGCGACUGCUCCUCCACCCUCGGCGACUCCGUCGACCAGAUCCAAGAAUCGCUCCAACAGAUGAAGCAGCUCGGCGGAUCGGCCGAGGACUUGGCGUUCCAGCUCAGCAACGUGCUGACGUGGAUGAGUGCGGCCGAGACGAACGAGGACACGUGUGUCGACGGGUUCGAUAACGUGGCAGAUGGGUCCCUCAGGUCUGACGUGUACGACGGUGUUGUGAAGGUCAAGCAGUUGACCAGUAAUGCGCUGGCUUUGGUUAAUGCCUUUGCUAAUAAGGUUGCAAAGCCAUGACCAAUUUUUUUUUUUUCACACUCAAUUUAAUCUAGGGGUCUUUUGGGCAUUAAAAAGGCUGCCCGAUUUCCAUGGAAUUGAAUUUCAAUGUAAUGAAAAGACAUUAGCUUCAAUUGGGGCACCAUAGAAACAAUUAUGCUGCUCUAACUGAGGUCAAUGUCGUUUCAUAACAUUAAAAUCCGAUCUCAUACUAGUGUACGAUCCUAGUAUAUUGAUCUUAAUGUAACUUAUAAAAUUGGGUUUAGUGU